UCGCAUUUAUGUAAUUAUAUAACCUAAACCCUCCCAGCUUCUUCUCCAGGUAAAGUAACCAAUACUGUAAAGAGAAAGAAAUGGUGGUGAGUGUGAAAGCAACCCACGUGGUAAGGCCGGCGGAGGAACGGCCGGACGAAACCAUGUACUUAAAUUCAGGCGAUCAAAUCAAAGAGAUAGUACACACUCCCACAAUCUACUUUUACAAUCACUCCCCCGCACUGGAGGCCGCAGAUGUCGUUUCCGUACUGAAAGAUUCCCUCAGCAAAGCCCUAGCAUUUUUCUACCCUCUCGCCGGCCGCCUCCACUGGUCGGAGGCAGGCGGCAGCAGGGUGGAGCUCCACUGCAACGGCGCAGGCGCCCCCAUCUUCGAGGCCGAGACCGACGCAGCCAUCGUUGAUUUCGGCGACUUCACACCAACGCAAGCAAUCGAACCCCUAAUCCCCUCCUUCGACUACACCACUCCACUCCAUCACAUCCCCAUGGUGCUCGUGCAGCUCACGCGCUUCCGCUGCGGCGGCCUCAGCAUCGGCCUUGGCAUCUCCCACGUCAUGGCGGACGGCCCCAGCGCCCUCCACUUCGUCGCCGAGUGGACCAAGCUCGCCCGCGGCGGCGGCCCCAUCGCGCCCCCCUUCCUCGACCGGAAGGCGGUGGAGAGCAACGGCGAGCAGCGCUUUGAGUUCGAUCCGUCAGCCCUCCUCCCCCCGCCGUCGCUGAUCGACCAGGAGGAAAAAUCUCCGAUCGUUGUGGCAUUGCUCAAUCUCAGCAAGGCCGACAUCGAGAAGCUUCGGGUAAAGGCCAACGUGGACCGAGUGGGGGAUCGCGGCUACAGCCGGUUCGAGUCGGUGGCGGCCCACAUCUGGCGGUGCACGAGCGAGGCGCGGGGCCACGCGGCCGAGCAGCAGACUAGCCUCGUCUUCGUGGCGGACUUUCGCAACAAAUUAAACCCGCCCCUCCCAAAGAACUACUUCGGCAACGCGUUGAUCCGCGUGGAGGCAAGGGAUACCUCGGGCAGCCUCGUGUCGGAGCCCAUAGGCGCUGUGGCGAGGAAAUUACGAGAGGCGGUGGAGAAGGUGGGGGACGAGGGCGUGCGAGGGUACCUGGAGUAUCUGAGUAAGUUGGAGGAUGUGGGGCGGUUCAGAUCGCUGGACAAUGAGGGCCGGCCCAAGGUGGCGUACUAUGGGAACCCCAAUGUGGUGAUCAUAAGCUGGGUUGGGUUGCCCCUUUACGGGACGGAUUUCGGGUGGGGUAAUGAGGUCCAUGUAGGACCCGGGUCCGUGGGAUUUGAUGGGAAAGCCUAUAUUCUUCCCCAUCUUCAAGAAGAUGGUGCGUUCCAAGUUGCCAUAUGGUUGCAGGAGAAUCAUAUGCAGGCUUUCAAGACAUGUUUCUACCACAAUAUUUGAUUUCUGUUUUUGUUGCUGUUAUAUAAUUUGUCACCAUUUGAUCCGGUGUGAAUGUAUUCAUGAAUAAGCGUGCGUGCGUGUGUGUGUUACAGAGAAGGAUAGACUGAGAGAGUUCCUUCCUAUGGCUUGAUUGUCCUAUACUAAUAUUACUUUGUGCAUUGAGUGACUAGCAGCAAUAUAUCAUUAUGCGUUGUGUUUUUCAA